GUUUGAAUUGCACUGCCGGUAGUUUAAGUUUUAACGCCACUUUGUGCGUCGUAGUUACUUGUUUAUGUUAUUGUUUGGGAACUUAAUGUGUUUUGUGAAUUGACCAUUUGAAAAUGACUUCGACUGCAUUUCAGAUCACUAUAUCUCCGCAGCAGAAGCGCAAAAUAAGUGAUGAUGACAAAAGUGAAGACUCAUAUGAAAGUUGUCUCAUACUGGCACCAUUCAACAAAUGCCCGACACUACAUUUUGAUAAUGUGAAACUUGGUACUGUUGCAGUGAGGGUUCUUAAAUUGGUGAACCCUUCUCAUGUUUCAUUGGAGGUUAAAUUACUGGACAUUCCUGAAAGAAAAUGUGGACUUUUAUUCAGUGCUGACAAUUUCACUUUGUUGCCCUCAGAAAAAAUCUGUGUCAAUAUUUCAUGGGCUCCAAUUGAACAUGGUUCAUGGCAUCACACAGUGAAAGUAGUAACUGACAAAAAAGGCAGCUACAGCCUUAGAAUUGUCUGCAGCUCUGCAAAAAUACAGAAGAAGAAGAAUGCGUACAAACCAUUAAGAGAUCAUAACCAGUCAACAGUUAUAUCCAAAAAAGUAAAAAAACCUUGGGUUUCCAUUACUCAUACAAGAUAUGAAGAUCACGUAAAUAGCAGAUCUGAACAAAAUAUGGCAUCGAAACAAAAUAAAUUUAAACCUGCACAAAGCUUUAAUUUCAGCUCUACUGAAGUGCCUCAGUUUUCAGGUGUAAGGACACCACGAAGAGAUACAUAUGUACUGAAAAAUAUGAAAAACAAUGAGGGAAAGGAGAAUGUACUUUAUGAAGAUAAAUUUAAGUUACCCUCCAGAGUGAAAGUUCCAAAAUCUGGAGUUAGACUGGGUUCCACAAACGAUUUGUGUCUAUCUCCAUUACAUUCUGUACUAACAGAUGAUGUAUUUAAGUCAAAUACUUCAGUUUCGCCUUCAUUUGAUAUAAAACUUAAGAAUUUCUGUUUCACCCCAGAUUUUAACCUUAAAAAACAUGUAUCUCAUGGAUUUAAUCAAAAUUGUGUUCCUCCAGGCAAGAGACAAGACUUCUCAAUGUGUAAGAACACGGUGACGACAACGACGACAAAAACAACAACCAGGGAAUGGUACAAUGGUAAUGAUUCUACAUUUUCCUUUACAAAAUCUACAAAGCUGAAAGAAUAUAGUUUUUCAUUUGCCAGUACCCCUAGAAAAAGUGGCUCUUCAUGCUCUGAAACAUUUGAUGAUAGUUUAGAAGUCGAUCCAUCAACAGCUUCAGUACAUUUUGAUAAAGUUGUCACCCAGAGAAAAUGUUCUGAUGAAGUUAAAACCCCUCCAGGAUUUUACCUCACGAAGAGAGAUUUAAAUACGGAUUUUAAUGAACAACCGUGGGGUGAAGCUACUUCAGCUGAUUUAAAUUUCGAUUUUGAAUCAUUCAAUGUACAGCCCAUGUCGUGGCCCCCUGACUUGAGUUUUCAGAGCACACCACUAAAAAAUCCCAUAUUGAAAUUAUCACCAAUAAAACAUGCCAAAAUGGAUUUUAGUUUUCCAUUGGAUUCAAAGGAAUCUGAAAUUGAUAAGGGUAAAAGUAAAGACUCGUAUGAGCUUGUUGAAGAUGAAAUGAAUACCACCUAUCUACUAGAACAGAAAGCAACACUCUCUGUGGUAGAUGAAGCAAUGGAAGAUGAAUACAGUGUUGCUGAAAAAACUGCAGAACCUGUUAUAAAAAAAGAAAUAUUCGAUGACUUUAACUUCAGUUUCCUAAAUCAUCAGAAAUCAGUUUUCUCGUGUGGAGAGACUGGAUUGCAAAAUUCAAGCAACAUAUUUACUUCAAAAGUACUGAGUAAUUCCCCAUCCGAGAAGCCAGAGACUAAUGUGCUUGGGUUUGAAGUGCUGGAGGAGACGGAUGAAGAAACUUCAAAAACAUCAAAUAAAGAGCAUAAAUAUGAAAGAAACAGUGCAGCUGAGGAAUGUAAGGGACCUCCAAGCAGAUCUCAAGCAAUUGCUUUACAUUUUUCACCACCAAAACCCACCAGUGAAAGCAAGUUACCGACAAAAAUGAGAAGUCCAGUAGGAUUUAAAUCUGGACCGACAUGCAAAAGGAUCGCCAAUCUCUCUCUCAAGAAGCCUUUCAAAUCACCCUUGAAGAUGAAGAGGACAUAUGAGGCAUCUCUGAAAUCAGGUGUCAAGCAAGCCCUGAAAGAAAGUACUGGCAUACAUCGGGGUCAUGCAACUACAGAAAAUAAUGUUGCUGGAGGUGUUAUUGUUGUGGAUCACAAGAAGAAGGUGCCACAGAAGAGAAUGAAAUGUGAAGACAUAACUAACAUGGCAACGUUUAUUAGAAACGCUGUAAAUACAAAUAUUUCUGUUUCUUCCCUUGAUCCAUUUCUGACAUGGAACGCAUAUUAUGACCAACAGUGGGUUGAUGCAUGUGAAAGACACUUCAUAAAAUGGCUGAAUUCACUGCUAACACCACCAGCCACUUUAGCCUGCAACUCUGAAUCAGUAACAGUGGAUAUUGUUGUACUUUGGAAACAAACAUCUAAGCAACAGAAAAUUGACUUGGCACAGAGUCGUGAAGUGGUUUCCUCUUUGUACAACACCAAUGAGAGGCUGAACUCACUGCGCAAAGCUGCUCGUUUACUGUUCAAGUCGAAUGAAGUUGUGGAAGUCUUGAGUAAAGUAACUGCAGGAAUAGAGAAAAAAGUACUAUGUAUCCGUGAUGAUAAAGCACUCUUACAGGAUAUCGGUCUAAAGCAGUAUAUCUUAAAACUGCUUCUAUGCUACAAUCCUCUGUGGCUGCGAAUAGGCCUAGAAACAAUUUACGGAAAAAAUAUUUUACUAUCAUCCAACUCUGAUGUGCAAGGCUUAACAGCAUUUCUCGUGCACAAUUUUCUGGAAGACCGUUACAUCAAACAAAAAUACAACCAUUCUAAAGCUCUGCAUAUGUAUGAUACAGCAUAUGUUCAAGCUAUGAAAAAGUUCAUAUUAAAGAAGUUUUUCUCUCUUGUGUACGUCCUAGAUCGAGCAAAAGAGACAAAACUGAUUGGUCAUGAUCCAUGUUUGUUCAACAAAAAUGCUAUGUACAAGUCAAGUCGUGAUGUGUUGCUGGCGUUUUCUAGAGAAUUUUUAUCAGCUGUUGGUGACGUCACAAAGUGUCUGCGACAUUUUGGUUACAUUGUAACUCAUGAACAGUCAUAUCUGAAUGAGUUUGAUUAUGCUGUGACCAAGCUUCUUGAUCUUCGGGAUGGUAUUCGCUUGUGUCGUGUUAUGGAAAUAAUACUGCAAGACGAAACCAUCAUGUCAAAGCUUAGAGCACCGGCUUUGUCAAGGCUGCAGAAAAUACACAAUGUAGGACUUGCGUUUGCAUCUCUAAUUUCGGCAGGCUUUGAUAUAAAAAGCAAUAUUACAUCACGUGACAUUGUAGAUGGUCACAGAGAAAAAACGCUUUCGUUACUGUGGCAGAUACUCCUGAAGUUUCAGCUACCUAAGUAUGAGGCUGCUGCAGUGAAGCUACAACGGUGGUGGAGAAGAAAUUUGAUCAGAACUAGAGUGAAGAAUAUAAGAAAAAUAAAAUCAGCUAUUACAAUUCAGCAGAAAUUUAGAGCAACAAAGUUAAUGAAGUAUGAAAGAAAUAUUUUUCUAAUGAAAAAAGCUGCUGUAGUGAUACAAAAAUGGGCCAGGAAAGUACUGCCUGUGAAACAACAGAGGAGAAUUUUUAUUAGACAAAGGGAGAGUGCAAUAGUUAUUCAGAGGUGGUGGAGAGCAAUUUUAGUACAGCAGCAUCGUGAGGUCUUCAAUAAAAGAAUGGUAGCUAAAGUACUUUACAUUCAGAGAUGGUACAGAUCACAAAUGCAUAUGCGCAAACAGAGGACUUGGUAUCAAAGAUUGCUUUUGUCGGUCAGAUUGGUCCAGCAGAGAUUUCGAGCCAACAGAGCAAUGAAGCAACAGCAAGUUGCUUUCCAGCUCCAAAAGGCUGCUGCUAUAAAAAUACAGUGUUGGAUUAGAGCUGUCUAUUUAAUGAGAAAAGAACGCACAUCAUUUCUAGAGCAAAAACAAAGUGCAAUUGUUAUACAACUAUGGUAUCGAAAUAUGUGUUCUACAAAAAUACAACAACAUGAAUAUCAAAAACUGAGAUUCACUGUUCGAUUAGUUCAGCAGAGAUUUCGAGCCAACAGAGCAAUGAAGAAACAGCAGGUUGCUUUCCAGCUCCAAAGGGCUGCUGCCUGCAAAAUACAGUGUUGGAUUAGAGCUGUUUAUUUAAUGAGAAAGGUACGCACAUUAUUUCUAGAGCAAAAACGAAGUGCAAUUAUUAUACAACAAUGGUAUAGAAAUGUGCAUUCUACAAAAUUACAACAACAUGAAUAUCAAAAACUGAGAUUCACUGUUCGAUUAGUUCAGCAGAGAUUUCGAGCCAACAGAGCAAUGAAGCAACAGCAGGUUGCCUUCCAGAUUCAGAAGGCUGCUGCUAUGAAAAUACAGUGUUGGAUUAGAGCUGUUCAUUUAAUGAGAAAAGAACGCAUAUCAUUUCUGGAGCAAAAACGAAGUGCAAUUAUUAUACAACAAUGGUAUCGAAAUAUGCUUUUAACAAAAUUGCAGCAACGUGAAUACCAAAAACUGAGAUUCACUGUUCGAUUAGUUCAGCAGAGAUUUCGAGCCAACAGAGCAAUGAAGCAACAACAGGUUGCCUUCCAGAUUCAGAAGGCUGCUGCUAUGAAAAUACAGUGUUGGAUUAGAGCUGUUCAUUUAAUGAGAAAAGAACGCAUAUCAUUUCUGGAGCAAAAACGAAGUGCAAUUAUUAUACAACAAUGGUAUCGAAAUAUGCUUUUAACAAAAUUACAGCAACGUGAAUACCAAAAACUGAGGUUGACUGUUCAGUUAGUUCAACAGAGAUUUCGAGCCAACAGGGCAAUGAAGCAACAGCAGGCUGCUUUCCAUCUCCAAAGGGCUGCUGCCUGCAAAAUACAGUGUUGGAUUAGAGCUGUUUAUUUAAUGAGAAAGGAACGUACAUCAUUUCUAGAGCAAAAACGAAGUGCAAUUAUUAUUCAACAAUGGUAUCGAAAUAUGUGUUCUACAAAAUUACAACAACAUGAAUAUCAAAAACUGAAAUUGACUGUUCGAUUAGUUCAGGAGAGAUUUAGAGCCAACAGAGCAAUGAAGCAACACAAGGCUGCUUUUCAGGUACAAAAGGCUGCUGCUAUGAAAAUACAGUGUUGGAUUAGAGCUGUUCAUUUAAUGAGAAAAGAACGAACAUCAUUUUUGGAACAAAAAAGUAGUGCAGUUAUUAUACAACAGUGGUAUCGAAAUAUGCGUUCAACAAAAUUACAGCAACAAGAGUACCAAAAACUGAGGUUAAUAGUGAUACACAUUCAGCAGAAAUACAGGGCUACAUUGUUGAUGAAAUAUGAUAGAAAUAUUUAUCAGAGGAAAAGGUGGGCAUCUGUUAUUAUUCAGAGAUGGUUUCGAGCCACUCUUAAUAUGAAACGUCAGCGUGAUUUGUAUUUGACACAGAGACGUUAUGUUAUUACUAUACAGAGAUGGUUCAGGAGUGUUUGGUCCAAAAGAGAAAGAGAAGCAAAACGAAAAGUACUAGUUCCAAUAUCCCAAUCAGAAAUUGAAAAUAGUGCUGCGGUCAAAAUACAGGCCCUUUGGAGGGGUUUUGCUGCACGAAAGCGGCUGCCUAGUAACUGCUUAAGUCUGAAAAAUAGAGGUGUUACCAGAAACCCCUCGCAACCUGUUCAGACAUUGCGGUGGAAGUACACAAAUUAUCUGAGGUGCUUUGAACAGAAUUCCCUGGGACAGAUGAUCAUGCUCUUCAUGUCUCUAACUUCUUUGACUGAACUGUCUAGAGAGAUAUGUAAAGAUUUUUCUGCAAGUGAAUACCUACCAAAAGUUUUCGGUGAACUUAAACGAUCAAAUCGUUCAUUUGCAUAUCAGAGACUCUGUUCACUUGGAACACAGUUACUCUUGAAUCUGGCAAAAUACCCAGAAAACAGGGACAACAUUUGGCAGGUUGAUGAGGCCCUAGAAAUUAUGUUUCAACUGAUGACGCAGUCUGUGGGAACACAGUUCACAAUAUUCUCCAAUUGCUGCAAAGUACUUUGGUUGCUUGCUGAUGAUCCUUUGAAAGCACAAGUGAUUCAUGGAAAUCCUCAGUCCAUAAACACAAAGAGACUUUUUAAUUUCUAUUAUCAAGAGCAAAAGAAAAUUAAUUCACGCAGACCAUCCUCUGCCUGUGGUGGUUCUACCAGCAAGACAAGCAAUACUAGUGAAAGGAAAUGGCCCGUUAGUGGUGGGUGUGCCAAGAAGACAUACAGUGCUAGUAGAAGACAAGGUCCUGUUAGUGGUGGCUCAGUUAACCUUAAUUACAGUGCUAGUAGAAGACUGUGUCCCGCUAGUCAUUCAUCUGUGAACAAAAGAGCAACCAAUUUAAGCCAAUUGGACAAUUCUCUCAAUGCUAUUAAAUACUUGCUUGAGAAAUUAGGUUUAUUGUAAUCUGUUUGUAAUUAUGUUAAUCAUCUUUACACUAAUGACUUCAUUUAUAUCUGUCAUUUGUAAAAUGCUGCGCAUUUCAUACUUCCCCUCACUUGCAGGUGCUCUGCAAGUGGAGUUUUCCCCCCAGGUGUUACAUUUUUAUUGGCAAAGCACCCUGAAUGGUAAUAUUGUAAACGUUAUAAAUACAAAAUACUUUUUGAUCUUUCAAAUAAUGUAUACUUAAGAACAGUAUUGCAUAUCAGUGAAACAUUUUAUGUAAAGUAAUUGCUGCAUUAAUGGUCUUUAAGUGUUUUGACGAAAGUUGCUUUUUAUUUUCAUUGUCAGCAGAGAUGGAAGUCAAACUUGUAGUUCACAUUGUGGAUCAUUUCUUUGCAUAUUUUAGAAGCCCAUUUUCCUAUCAACUUCAUAUGAUUUCUUUUUACAUUUUAUUUUUUGAUUUAUAAGUUUAUACUGCACACAGUUUAAAAAUCCUUAGUUACCAUUCAUGUUUUGCAGUAACUUCUGUAAAGUGUUUUGUGAUUAUUGUGCUUUGUUUCUACGAAUGAUGAAAAGGUGUUACGCAUUUGCAGUACUCACAAACAAACAACUGAGAGUACAUUGCCAAUAAAGACAAAAGAAAAAGGUUCAGUAAUAGUUUUUUUUUUUUUUUUUUUAAAGGAGAUAGUGUGGUUUAUGUUCAGUUUACCUUAAUUCCCAAUGCCCACUUUUUUUAGUGGUUGUGAGUAAUAAUUUACUUAGGAGCUUGUGUUAGUGCAUGAACAUUUUAUUCAUUAUUAUUCUGAAAACUGCAGUUUAUUUAGCCUUUUACCCUUGUGUUUGAUACGUCGUGUGGUGUACAAUAGUGAACAUGUAAGAAACUGUAUAUAGUGUACUUAGUACUAUUUCAUGUACAACAGACACAUUUUAAUAAAUAAAAUGUAAAUUUUA